GCUCGGCCAAUCAGCGGGCGGCGUGGGUUGGACCGGUGCAUUCAACCUGAAGCCAAGCGUUUGGACGCAACUUUCUGCAGUCUAUGCGACUAAAAAACGAGUAUUUCUUGCUUCCCGGAGAGAAAUCUACUCAAUCUAACUCGAUUGAACCUUGUAGAAAGCCUAGUUUGUAGAGGAAUAGAAAGUUUUUCGAGAAAGAAUUGCUGUAGCGUCGCUUGAGGUAGCCCCACCAUGUCUCACUUGAAGUUUGAGAACGAUGUGAACCAGCUCCUUCGCCUGGACUCUGCCUUCACGGACGGACCCGUGCCCCGCUGGCAGCGCAAAGCCAUGGAGUCCAGCCGCUGCAGCGGCCCCAGCAACAACACUUCGCUGAACUCCAGCUGCAGAAACAUGUCCCUGAACGUGUCGGGCUGCACGCCCAUGAAGACCUCCAAUCGCGCCUCCGCCAAGACGCCCUCGCACACGCCCGGCAAGGCCAAGACGCCCAGGAGCGGCCGCAAGUCGAAAACACCAGGCAAGUCUAAAACCCCAGGGAAUAACGCGAAGACGCCCAAAACCCCCGUGGCGGAUCGCUUCAUCCCCAACCGCUCCGCCUCCAACUUCGAGCUGGGAAACUUCAAGUGCAAUGCGGACAAGGUGCAUGUAGAUGAGGAGAUGCUGAGCCCCUCCAAGCAGCAGUACCAGGAGGCCAUGAGCGAGAACCUCAACGGGAACGUCGUCAACAGCAAAAUCCUCGCCUACAAGAACAAGGCACCGCAGGCGCCGGAAGGGUACCAGAACAACAUGCGAGUCCUGUACAGCCAGACCAAGACUCCCUCCUCCACACGGAAGGUCACCAGACACAUCCCGCAGGUCCCGGAGAGGAUCUUAGAUGCGCCCGAGAUUCUGGACGACUACUACUUGAACUUGUUAGCCUGGAGCUGUAACAACCACCUGGCCGUGGCGCUAGGCAACAGCGUUUACCUGUGGAAUGCUGGGACAGGUGAUAUCCAGCAGCUCAUGUCCAUGUCGGGGCCCGAGGACUACGUCUCAGCCGUCUCGUGGAUCGCUGAGGGAAACUUCCUCGCAAUCGGCAGCAGCAACGCUGAAGUACAGCUGUGGGACGUUGCGGCCCAGAAGAGAGUACGGAACAUGACCAGCCAGUCCUCGAGGGUCGGCUCGCUGGACUGGAACGUCUACAUCCUCAGCAGUGGUUCCCGCGCGGGAACGAUCCACCACCACGACGUGCGGAUAGCGGACCAUCACGUGGCGACGCUGGACGGGCACACGCAGGAGGUCUGCGGGCUCAAGUGGUCGCCCGACGGGCGUUACCUGGCAAGUGGAGGCAACGACAACCUCCUGAACAUCUGGGGGUACCAGUGCACCAGGGAAGGGAACGUACCGCUACACACACUAACACAACACCAGGCAGCUGUCAAGGCACUGUCGUGGUGUCCGUGGCAGGCCAGUGUGCUCGCCAGUGGAGGUGGGACGGCCGACCGCUGUAUCCGCUUCUGGAACGCCAACACGGGACACUGCCUCAACACCGUGGACACCAAGUCACAGGUGUGCUCUAUCCUGUGGUCUAAGGAGUAUAAGGAGCUGAUCUCGGGCCACGGCUUCGCCAACAACCAGCUGACCAUCUGGAAGUAUCCCACCAUGGCUAAAGUCACCGAGCUGACCGGUCACCAGGCCCGUGUGCUCCACAUGGCCAUGAGUCCGGACGGCACCACUGUUGUCUCCGCCGCAGCAGACGAGACCCUCCGACUCUGGAAGUGUUUCGCUGUCGACCCCCAGAAGAAACCGGCGCAAAAAAGUCACCCCGACAAGAAAACCAACACGCUACUGCGGCAGCAGAUCAGAUAACUACAUCCUGCUCUUCUUAAGGAUUCUUACAACAUUUCUUAGGACUAAUCUUUUUCUUACGCUUUGAAGAACUGCAAUAUGGAACGUCUGCAGACUGAGCAAGGUGGAUACAGGUGUUCAUAGGUCAUGUACAGUUCAUAGGUCAACUGCAAAGGUUCAUAGGUCAACAGCAGAGACAUAGGUCGUGGGCUUUGGCUAAUACUUUUACGACGCUUACUUACGACGUGGAGUGAAAUGUAUAUACAUGAUUGUAUAUUUCACCGAACCCGCUUAUAUGUAGUGAAGUCAUUUGAUUGACAUACUUUUGUAUACUUGUACAGUGUUGCGCAUCGUCCUUGUUGUGAAGUUGAUUUUAAAUUUUAGCACUUUGAAUGUGCAUACCGCCACCAACGGGCCACUCUGAAUUAGUGUGCUGGCCAACGUACGCUUCCAAAGGACAGGAAGUUAUAAAUAGCUACUGCAUUAUGACAUCAUGGAUCUGAAUAAAGUACCAGCAGUGAAACUAAA